UUCGUCGCAGACGGGGAGAGAAACAUCGUCAUUCCUUCAUCCGCCGUGCUCAGGUCUCCUACCCGAUCCCCGCCCCCGAGUACGAAGACGACGGCGGCGCUCCGGCGUUUUCAGGCGGUGAGACCGCGCCCUUGCGGUCUUCCCUGGUUCUUCUGUUUGCAACCUCUGAAGAUUGUUGUUGGAGUGAAAUUAAUCUAGGUGCUGGUGUGAAUGACAAGUACAGCAUGCUUUGUGAUUGUGAGUAAGAAUGACAUACCUAUCUAUGAGGCAGAAGUUGGAUCCACACCAAAAAAGGAAGAUCUGUCUUAUCACCAUCAGUUUAUCCUGCAUGCUGCGUUAGAUGUUGUUCAGGACCUAGCAUGGACCACAAAUGCAAUGUUCCUGAAGUCAGUUGAUAGAUUCAAUGACCUUGUGGUGUCUGUUUAUGUAACUGCUGGUCAUACCAGAUUCAUGUUGCUUCAUGACUCACGUAGUGAAGAUGGAAUAAAAAGCUUUUUUCAAGAGGUCCAUGAAUUUUACAUCAAGAUAUUCCUCAACCCGCUUUACCUGCCUGGCUCUCGCAUCACAUCUUCUCAUUUUGAUACCAAGGUCAGGGCCCUCGCAAGGAAGUACCUGUAGUAUGUUGGCAUGGGUGUUUUAUAAGCUUAGCAUCAUAAUGUAGAAGCAGGCAGCAGAAGAGGCAAAAGUUCAUUGGUCUGGCGCCAUUUUUCCGUGCCCUCGUAGCUCGACUCUUUGAGAAAUGCUGAAAUGGGAUGUUAUUGACUUAUGCACAUCAAAUCCGAGCUUCCUGUAAUUUUUCUUGGCUUUGGCUUGUGUUGUGGCCUAUGAAUCAUUUUUCAGAACCAAAUGACCUAUGAUUUGUAACUUUUGAGAAUUUACUCGAUUCCGGGAAUUCAAACCUGAAUGGGUUGUGCUGUACAUGUCAGAUCUGUAAAAGGGUGACAUCUCCAUGUAACAUGGAAGCAUUACAUUGAUUCCCCA